UCUUCUUUCAGCCACGAAUCAGCUAUGGUCAUGACGUCAUAACUACUAAUCUGUAACUACAAGGUCAUCUGCCUUGUUGUAUAUAGCGUGUGCGAUCAAAUGUAAUACCUUCAGUCCAGCAUCCAACACCCCUUUUCAAUUUUGCCCUAUCAUAGGCCUGUCCUUCCUCAGUCUCACUUGUAUACCAACUGCUGCAUCCUUCUCAGUCCUAUCACUCAGCUUCCCACCUUGCUGCUGAAUAAACUGACACCCCCACUCCCCCAGAUAUAGCAAACCUGCCCACAAGGAUAAUGGUCCCCCUCAGGUUCAGGUGUGACCGAUCAGUUUCGAACAGGUCAUGCCUUCCCCAGAAGAGAUUCCGGGGAACAGGGGUACUUCCGGCGCUAUUCUUGCUCUCUGAUUGGGUUAUUGCGCUCACUAUGAGAGAAUGGCAGUCUGAUCUCCAGACCGUUAAUGUAACAACCGCGCUCUUCGUGACCCGAUAGCGCCCAAAUUGUGUUCAGAACGGUUCCAACAAUUGCUCUGAACCGCCGCUUGCUUCAUUUUUGACUCCUGAGUUUGAGAGAGUUUGUCCAGAGUCGCAGUCGCUGAAGUGGCUCCUCCCGCGGCGGCCGCCCGGACCAAGCCAGCUGGCCGAACAGAUAGACAAGAUUGUGAAGGGUUGCCGCAGUCUCCGGGGGUGUCCGUAGUCGCGAUCAAGAAGGGUUCGGCCGCCAACGGCGUCAAUGUGGAAAAGUUCAAAGGUCAGAUCAAAAUGGCUACUAAAAGGAAAUUGAAAAGUGGCUCGCUGGUUCACACUAAGGGCGCGGGUGCCUCCGGUUCCUUGAAGGCCGCUAAAAAAGACAGCGCCGCGAAAAUCGUGAAAAAAGUUAAGAAACCAGCGACAAAGAAACUGGUGACCAAGAAAACUUCCACCAAAAGACAAGCUGUUAGGAAACCAGCGGCUAAAAAAACGGCAGAUAAAAAAUCAGUAACCAGGAAGGCUGGGCAGAAACCCAAGAGUCCCAAGAAGAUCGCGGCGAAGAUGGCCAAGAAUUCUGGAAAAUCCAAGCCGAAGGCGAAAUCUGUGAAAUCCAGGAAGACGGCGACCAAAAAGUAAAUAAAAAACGCAACUUGUAAAGUCCUGAAAUCAACGGCUCUUGUAAGAGCCGCCCAUACCUCCCAGGAAAGAACUAGGAAUUGGCACUUGUAGUAAAAUCCCGAGCGAGCUGAAAGAUGAGAGGCCUCUGCUCCAAUCUGACGCUGUCUCUCUAAUUCCCUCUCGGGCCCGUCAGAGCGGUGUGCGUACAAGGAGACAGUGGCAGUCGAUCUGGCCUUGAGCAGUGGACUAGGAGCGAGAACAGAAAAAGAAUUUAAUCAUGUGAUUGUAAUGAAUGUUUCUGCAGACAUAUUGAGCAGCAUUUCAGUUCAGUGCAGAUUCCUGUGAUCCCUUUGAAAACCUUUUGCCGUUCUGUUCCCCCCCACCCACCCAAAUCAUUUAGUAAAAUAAAGUCGACCUUAAUUCUCUGCCUGCCCUUUCGUUUCCUGCAGGACUGAAUUCACUCACCUCGAGAAGCUAUGCAGUAAAUAUGCAAAAAUUCAGAUUCAGCUAAAUCGAUGAUUUAAAUGAAUGAAUUAAUCUGUCGCGAUAAAUCCACACUCAGGUUGGAGGAGCAACACCUUACAUUCCCUCUGGGUAGCUUCCAACCUGAUGGCAUGAAUAUCGAUUUCUCAAACUUCCCGGCCCUUUUCAUCAUUCCCCACUCCAAUUUCCCUCUCUCACUUUAUCUCCGUAUCUGCCCAUCACCCCGAUCUGGUUCUCCUUUCCCUUCCCCUUCGCUUCUUCCACGGCCUUUUCUCCUUCUAUCAGACCCCCGCACCCCGCCACCCUUCUCCAGCCCUGUAUCUCUGUAACCAAUCAACUUCCCAGCUCUCUAUUUCGCCCCUCCGGGUUUCACGCCCCCGCCCCCGUAGUUCUUCCUCCCCUCUCC